AUGGGACUGUGCGGAAGUAAAACUGAGUCUAUGCCUUCCCAAACUGCAACGGUAACAACCAAAGCAAGAACAAAACCAAUUAAUCAUGAUACAACGAAGGCAAAACAAGAACUUCGACAAAAGGAGAGAGCAGAUAAAACAAAGAGGAAGGCACAAACAAGAAGCACGACUAGCCAGGUCUUACAUAAGAAAGAAGGCAGCAAAUUAAGUUAUACGACCGAGUCGAGUAAAGACAAAGUAAGUCCCAAGGAAGCUGCAAGAUUAGCAGCUGAAAAAAGAUUUCAGGAGACGAACGAAAAAUAUAACAAGGGUGAAUUGGGCAAAAAGCUAGCUCAAGAACGUGCCAAGUCUCACAAGACUCGCUUAAUGGAAGAGGCUGAGAAAAAGCAUGCUGAACAGCAAAGAGAAAACAUGAUAUAUGACUGA